GAGAUUCUUCAGAUUAGUUCUUGAAAGAAGUUGACGGAGAAAAAUAUAGGAUAGGUUUCUCGAAUUUUGGGUCUAACAAAAACUGUUCCACUCUCUUCUCACUUUUGUGUUUGGAGAUGAUAAGAGACCCUUAUCAUAAUGGCCGGGUUUUUAGUAAAAGCUGGUCUUUGGCUAACGCACUUGAGAAGAAAUUAAUGUUACUUGAUGAGUUAAACCUUGAGGAAAGUCAUUCUGGACGUGUAGCAGGGACCUGUACUAUCAUCUACAAUUUAUUGCGUUCUUACAUAUUGUCCAUCGUUGAAUCUUCACGGUCGGUCUGCUAUUGUUUUUAUCUGCCAUUGUUUUUGCAUUAGAAUGGCUUUAUGCUUGUCAAAGCAGGUGUUAGCAGAUCGACCCAUUUAGUUGGUAGCAAUCAUGAGUGAUACGCGCCAGUUAUAGUGUUGUUCCUGUAUCUUGCCUUGGUUUGGAAUGGACCUCCAUCGUUCCUUUCACGAUGAGACGAUCUCUGGUCUUCUGUUUAUCGUAGGGUAUGUGUUCUCGACAGAUAUCCGCUGUGCAUUCCACGUGCACGCUGGCAGUAUCCAGUCUCAGGGUGUAAUAGGGAGUGUUUUUGGCUUUAAAGAAAUCAUUAUAUCUCCAGUUUCUCAUCGUAUGCAUCUCAGGUUUGGACUUAAGCUGCAACCAAACCAUGUCCCAAGCACGGCAUCCACUAGCUGGCUCAAUUCACGUAAUGCACUCGGAAAAUGUUAAUUUCGGCCAUAGAUCAAAAUUGUUGCAUACCUGUGAGGGACGCUGGAUGGAAAAAGCCGUACAAUCUUGUUGGAUGUUGGCCAGUGUAGGCCCUGUGAUUCCAUGGAUAUCAAUAUCUAUUUCUGACGAAAGAGCGGUGCGAGCGAGUUGCACGACAUAUGCAGGAAGGACCCGCGAGCAAUUCUAGACCUUUGAUCCUCCGGACAUGUGUACAAUGCACACCUGAUCCUUGAAGACCUGUUCGCCCUCGUGGAUCGGUUGCCCGAGAACCGCGACCACAAGCUCAAAGUUUUUAGUUUUCUGUUUCAUCAAUCCAACGAGGUGCAAAAUCCCGGAGCAAAGAACAACUUACUGGAUCGGGGCCAAUCAAGUCCAUUCGCAUGCUCUGGGGAACGGAGUAACAAAACUCUGUGGUUCUUCCGCAUGCUAUGCAGUACCAAUCCUCGAUCCGUUUGUCGUGAAAAGAUGAAACUUCGUUCAUUAUCCGAGCGAAAGGGAAAAGUUAGUCCACUUUUCUGCUCUGUAUUUCUUCUCACACUUCUUACCACAUGCAACAUCUUGAAACUCCUCGUGCUUCACCGAGCAGCCGCAUGGAAAGUGGCACCGCAACCGAGACCCCUAUAGGCCCGCACAAUUGUCACCACGAGCAAGGUCCGAAAGAGGAAGAGGCCGUCCCUCCGCGAAGGGCCGGGCCAGUUUCGGGGGACGCGAGACCGAUCGGAAGGGAAAGAGGCACAUGGUAGUUGCGCGAGUCCGAUGGUAGAAAGUCCCCGGGAGCGGUCCGUCCCUCAUGACCCGGCGGACACAGCCGAAAGAAAAGCCGAGCGGAUAAGGAGCCGAAAGUCGUCCUGACGCAGCAGGUUCAGGUACAGGUACACUUGGGCGGAUCGCACGACGCCAGUUGGGCUGCCAUGCUGCCACUGCAGCCGAGCUGGCCGAGCUGGCCGCGCCAACUCAGAUCCCCGCGAGGGCCUCGCCCCCGAGGCAGAUCAGCUGCCUCUGUGGGAGUGGGACUCGACUGCUGGACUGGGUUCCGAUCGGAGUCAGCAGCAGCAGCAGCACCGCGCGGUCCAGCGUGCGUCGGAGCUUCCGCUGCUUUCUUGUAGCCGUUGAUAAGAUGGCGCUGCGAUGAGCGUUGCGCUCCUCGUUCUCAUCCUCGUCUUCGUCCUCGUGUGCUCUCGGGGGAGUGGCUCGAUUUGCCUGCGGUGAAAUCUCCUCGUGUGCAAUGGCGACGAGUUUUGCAGCGGUGCGGAAAGGGUUCAUCGAUUCGGUGGGGAACACGCCGCUCAUUCGGCUGAACAAGGUGUCGGAGCUGACGGGGUGCGAAAUCUAUGGAAAGGCGGAGUUUUUGAACCCCGGGGGCUCGGUGAAGGACCGGGCGGCGCUGUACAUCAUCAAGGAUGCGGAGGAGAAGGGCAUUCUGAAGCCCGGAGGAGUGAUCGUCGAGGGCACUGCGGGGAACACCGGAAUCGGGCUGGCGCUCGUCGCCAAUGCCAAGGGCUACAAGACUGUGAUCGUCAUCCCUAAAACCCAGAGCCAGGAGAAGAAGGACAUGCUGCGGAUCGCCGGUGCCACGCUCGUCGAGGUUCCCGCUGUUCCCUACAAAAACCCCAACAACUACGUGCGGUACUCGGGGCGCUUGGCCGAGGCUCUGGCCCAGUCGCAUCCCGGAGGCGCCAUCUGGGGCAACCAGUUCGACAACGUCGCCAAUCGCCGGGCGCACUACGAGACCACGGGGCCCGAGAUUUGGGAACAGACGGGAGGCCGAAUCGAUGGGUUCGUGUGCGCCAUCGGCACCGGAGGCACUCUGGCCGGCGUGGGAAAGUAUUUGAAGGAAAAGAAUCCCAAUGUCAGGAUCGGGAUGGCGGAUCCCAUGGGUGCUUGUAUGUAUAAUUACUACGCCUCUGGCGUGCUGGAGUCGUCUGGAAAUUCGAUUUCGGAAGGAAUCGGGCAGGGCCGAGUGACGGCCAAUUUGGAGGGAUGGGGAUUGCCAGCAAGAGAUGGCGGUGUUGUAGAUUUUUGGUGCCAGGUGACCGAUGAGGAGGCGCUCCCUCUCGUCUAUGACCUGCUUAAAGAGGAGGGGUUCUGCAUGGGCGGCUCCACAGGGAUCAACAUCGGUGGGGCUGUCAAACUGGCUAAGGAGCUGGGCCCCGGGCACACUAUCGUUACCAUUUUGUGUGACUUGGGAACUCGGUACCAGGGCAAGAUUUUUAAUGUCGACUUUUUGAAAUCCAAGAAUCUGCCCUACCCUCAGUGGCUGGAGCCCGGGUUCAAGGAUAUUGACGUCCCAGAAGUUUUCGAGGAGGUGCCGCCAGCACCAUGAAGCACUUUGUAAUAUUUAGACAGCCAGGUCAUGCUGCUCAGCACGGACAAGGAGGAUACUAGCACUGCAGGCCAGAGGACAGUACAGCAGACCAGAUUUUCAAGGCCAAAUAAAGGGACAUUGACAACUCUGUCCUCUGGUUUGCUUCCAUUCAUGCGCAGUAAUGGCGAAUUGCAAAAUCUGGUGCCUUUGUAUAGAGAGCCAACGCCUUGUUGGUUGCAUGAGGAAGGAAGGAUCAUCAAUGAAUAGAAUUGUCAGAAAGCAUUGACAAUUCUUGUGAAGAAAAUCUGAGAUCAUCUUGCAGUUUAACAUUCCAGAAGACAUUUACUGCCUGGCGGCUGAGGAUUUUGUUAGGUCCUGACAGACGUGCAGCCUGUUUUAUAAUCUAGAGUUGGAGCAAGAUAUGUCCUCGAUCGGGUCGGAUCCUCACCUGCUCAGAAGAUGAUGUUUUUUUUACUCUGGUCCUCUUGCAGUUUUUCACUUUGUCACUUCAGAGUGCAAAAGAAGUUCUUGAAGAAUGAGGUCGGUCUUUAUCGACCUUGUACAGUCUAUUUUUUCUUCCCGAUUUGUUGGGCAAAGGACGUGUCUGUACUGGCAAGGAGAGAGUUAUUCUUGAUAAACCGAUUUUGAGCUCGAGCGCUGAAGGUUCGGCAGUUGCUAGAUCCAUGAAGAUUGAGUAUGGCCGCUCUCAAGCGUACCAGAUGGCAAUAUGAACCCUUUCACGUCAUAUUAAUACCACAAAACUAUCAUACGCAGAUGAGGUGGGCAAUAUUUUCGUGUGCUUACUAUUUGGUGAACUACGCUUUCGAUCUCGGGUCUUGCCUGUAUGAAAGUUGAAAUGACGGCAGUAUUUUACUUCGGCAGGGACCAGACGAUGAGUUUGGUUGCUAGGCACACAUACCCCUUCCCUACGUCGAUCCAAGGAUUAAGACUAUCACCUACGUAGAAUGCUGGGGUGGACUUUCACUCGCAUGCUUGUAUGUAUGCCUCACUGUCAUAUCUACAAUUACCUUUCACAGCGUUGCACAAUUGGAUGCUGAAGCAGCCCUCCGUAGUGGAGGGAUGAUAGACAUUCAAACGACUGAUAUCAGAAAAUUUGUUUGAGAAAAACUCCUGAUCUUUGCAACAUGGAAUUCAGACAUCUCUUCUGUAAGGGGCGGAUCAUUAUUUAGGGUCUGUACGGAACUGAUACCGAAUUACGCCGCGCAAUUGAUUGGAUGGAUGAGUUCCAGUGGGUACCUGGAGUAUAUGUUCUUUUGCAUCAUAGAAAGUGACAACUAUCAUAGAAAGGACUGAACGAACUUUCGAUUACGUAAUUACAGUAAACCAACCAAGUGGUUAAGUAAAAUUUAUGUCAAAUGCGUAUUUGGGUAAGAUUGACAUGUAUCCUCUUCAGGUAGGUACUAUCUGUCAAAGUGCAUACAAACGACUCGGAAUGCUCACACAGACUUGGUUGUUCUUCUUGGGCGGCCGUUGUUUUCCAAGAAUUCAACCCGUUACUUCAAAUCACUUUCACCCUGUGCAGCUGUUCAUCCAGUUCAUCCUUGUCUGAGUAUGCCUUCUGAAACUCAUGAGAGGCCUCUUCUUACUAAGUACUUGUACUCGGUCUUCAUUCAUACAUACAUACUGUUUUAAGUAUACUCUUCCGAUCCGUCUUUUCAACUCCCUACUGAUUUGCUCAACAACGAUUGUCCUGGACGCUUUCGAUUGGCUUUGUGUGUGUUGAGAU